CCUUCUCCAAGGAAAGAACGGACAAGAUUCUGCCGAAUCUGGGUUCUGUAACGGUCACGUGGCCAUCGAAGCCGGUUUCUUAUUCGGAACCAGUAGUUGACUUUUUUUUUCUGCCCAUCUCUCCUCUUUACCCGGUCACCGUCUUUGGACACUCAGCAGUUGGAUAAACAACGGUUCUUACAGGAUUGCAUAGUCUCGGAACAUGUAAAAAGUGGAUCGGGAAACAUGUGAAAUCAGUUAUUGGAUUUUUUUUAUUGAUUGUCAGAGAUGAGAUAACGCUCUGAACACCCCCAUGAUCGGCCAUCCCAUGAGAAGGGAGGAAUAUGAGCGGACAUACGGGCGCCGCAGUCACCACCUGCCUCCCCCGAUGGCUCCUCCUCCCCAGGAGGAUCCACGUAGCAGACGAUCCAGGACCAAAAUGAAGUGCCUCAUCUCCAUCGGACUCAUCCUGCCAGCCCUAGCCGCAGUCAUAGGUGUCGCUGCUUGGGCUGUGAGCGCAGAUGUCGUCAUGAACUCUGGCAACAACAGACCAAACAAAGCCGAUAACCACUUGUUGCAGAAUUUCGCUGAAGGCACCAGGAGGGACAUCUUCAGAGUAAACGACGAUAGUCAGAGAGUUCAAAUUCAACCUUCCCCUCAAACUUCUUCUACAACCACUACUAUUGCAACAACAUCUACAUCAACUACAACAACAAGUGCACCAACUCUGUCGCCUCAGGAAGAAACAGAUGUUAACGCCAUACUUUCCAAACUCAUUUCAGCCUCUGGAGCAGCCGCUGGAGGUAAUGGACCCCGAUUUGUAGUCGUGGCUCCUUUACCAGACUCAGACGAUUCCUCACCAAUAUCUAGAGCAGAUAAUCCUUCAUCCACCAAGCCAAGUUCUAAAGAAGAUAACUCCCAACCUGUCAGAUCGCACUCAAGAGAAGACUCGUCCUGGCAAGUAUCCGGAAAGCAUCGACCAGAACCUGAAAUAAUAUCUGCUGCCUCAUAUCAAAGUUACCAGAAAGUCCUCCCACCUGUUGCUCGUUCUGCUAGUUCAAGUAACUUGACGAGUAGAGUUGGUCUUCCGAACAAUGAUGGUUCAAAUCGCAGAAUGGGCCCCAAGCCAAUUAUGAUGCCUCCAUCAGGUAGCGUCCAUAAUGGAGGCAGCGGAUUCCACAAUCCCCAGAUAGAUUUAACCGGUUUUGAGCCUUUUGAUACAAUGAUGCAUGACUUUCAAGCAAGUCAAUCCGUUCAGAAACAGCAACAGAAUCCUCCUCCUUCUAACUUUGGUGGUUCCUUCAAUUCAAAGCGAGGACCUCCUCAAGGUCAUUUCAACAGAAACCAGCACAAACCUUUGGGAAUGCAACAAGAUCAGCAUAUCUUUCAUCAUCAUAUGCCAGAACAUAGUUCUCACGUGCUACAAGGAUCUUCAAAUCAUCCCCAAGGUAUGAUGGCUCCACCUCCAGGAAUCGGACUAAAGCCGAUCCAACAGCAACUGCAUCACGUUGAUCCUCUUCGCCCUGAAGAAUCCAACAGAUGGGGAAGUGUAGGUUUCCAUGGGCCUCCUAGUGGGGGCUAUGUCCAUAAACCUCCAGAAGGAAUAUCCGUGGCCAUCAGUUCUCCGGCCGGUCACGGAGCUCAUGUGUCUUCUGAACCUGUGAGUGUCAUAAAAAGCUUUUUCUUGCCAUUCCUGCCAAAACCGAGACUCAAUAUGAAUGCAAGGGUCGUGUUUGGGGUUGUCCUUGACAAGGGAAUGGGCAUAGGAGCAGACAAGAAGAAAAGUCACCCUUACCGUUGAUGAUUCAAGAGCAGGGCUUGUGAAUCAUGUGUAUAAUUCCUAGGGACUACAACUUCUGUGUUAUUGAUUUUAUGUUCUCUCUUUUAUAUUUAAGGAGAGCAUAACAACCUUUUUUAAUGUAGCUUUAUUACACAGGUGAUCGGGCGGUCGACUUGAUAUCUUCUUUUUCACCACGCAACAGUUAUAAUUUUUUUUAAAACGGCUGCUUUCAGAGAAGGAACUUGUUGGACGUUAUUUAAAAAAAUUCUAUGCAGUGAUCAAGCGUAGAAUAGCAAUUGGUGCAGGCGCCAUUAUUUCGAAAGGCGCAAGAUACUCAUUACGUCAUUUUGAAACAGUCAUUUAUGCAAAAAGCAGGACUUUCUUGCUUUUUUUCAGUCGCUGGUAAUUCUAAAAAUGCCACUAUGUGGCUUUUUUUAUUCUAUUUAAAUAUUUAUUGCGAUUCUCAAAUGUUUUUGUUUUGAAUAAUGAGCAAAGGCAGGAUACCUUAAAUUUAAAUAAAACAUCAUAAUUUCGGUGUCAUCAUAAAUUUAUAGCGGUAUUCUUAAAAAUAACUUAUAGACAUUGUUUUCAUUUAGUGCUUGCAGGGCAUGCACGAAGUCAGAAGCACUUUAACUUAAAUUUGUAUUUAUUUUUAUUCUUUAUUUACAGUGAAACAAAUGUUAUUUUUCAAAAAUACUAUAACAUAUGCAUGUUUAAAAAAGAGGAAGGGGGUGAUAAAAAUAUUACUGUUUACUUAUGUACUGUUAAUAUUACUGUACUUAAUAUUACUGUUUUGUGAUUUGUUGUACUUGCAUUAUUUGAUUUUUUUUAUUUUUCUAGUUAUAUUGUUUUGUCUUGCUUUUUAAAAGGGAUCAAAAUUAAGACCUAUGACAAGCCUGCAAGGGAGUCAAUUUUAAUAAUUUUCGAUAGGAUAAAAAAGGGAUAAUUUCUUUCACUUUAAAUAUGAAAUACUAUAGUUAUUUUAUGUAUAAGUAAACAAUUAUCAUACCUGAUUUUUUGAUAAAUCAAAAAUUUCAUGAUAAAACAUCGUAUUUUUUUAAAAUUUUUAGAAAUAAACAUUUUAAUCCGUCUAUAAAUUUAUAAAGCGAUAUUAUUAAUAUUCUAAAUUAUAUACUUUUUCAUGAUAGUACAUUUUAUGUGUGAAAGAAAUUUCACUU